UCCCGAGCCAGAUGGAGAGUGCAAGAGGGCCGUGGACAAUGGAGUGUAUAGCUAGCUUGGGAAGAUGAGAAUGGGCCAUGAGCAACUGGGUGUGACUUUAAUUUGCGCUGCGCAAGAUUUGUCUCGUUAGGCUCCGCCGGUGAAUCCCUUUGUUUAGGCUUCAGAGAACGGUUUCAUCUCCCAAUCGAGUAGUCGACUCUCGAAACUCAACAGAUAGCCAAAACCAAUCUUGGAUUCUUGAGAACCAAAUCUAUAGUGCCGUAAUACUCUCACGAAUUCUUCUUUUUCUUCUUCUCCGGCACCGGCAAGAACCCGAAUUGGUACAUUUCUUGGACACUUGGAGAUGCAUCCUCAGGCGCAGCAAUUCAGGCCAAGAACCUAUUUUCCGAUGACCCAGCAGGUUCCGUUCUUGCAAGUUCAACCACCGCAAAUGCAAAUGUAUCAUCCAAUGAUGCCCAACCACAAUGAGACCGUGUAUUACCAAUAUCAGUGGCUGCCUCAACCACUACCACCGUCAACGGUUCCCCUGCCUUCACCGACACCCACUAGAAGCCUCCUUCUAUAUAAGGUGCCCACGUACGUCAGUGAAACGAUUGUCCGUACAGAAUUACAAGUGUUUGGGGAGGUGAAAUCGGUGGGGAUGGAGAGGUUGCAGGAUGGAAUCGUUACUGUUCACUUUUAUGAUCUGAGGCAUUCGGCAGCGGCGUUGGCGGCGAUACAGAACCAUUACAUACAGCAUCAGCACAUAAUGAGGCUAUAUUACACCGUUUUAACGUUGCCUCCAUUGGCUCAUCGCGUUGUCGCUGGUUCUGCUACCUGGGCUCAAUUUUAUGUUCCUAGUAUUUCCGCCGACGACAGUAAUCAAGGAAUUCUUGUGGUUCGUAAUUUGGAUCGGGAGAUCUCUUCCAGUAGAAUACUUGAAAUUUUUGAAUCUUUUGGGGCUGUGAAGGAACUGAGAGAAGCGCCAUUGGGGACCACCAGUGGUUCGUGGAGUUCUUUGAUAUCAGAGAUGCAGCUGAUGCUCUUUCGGGAUUGGAUGGCAAAGAAUUCGCAGGAGGCAUUUAAAAGUUCGUUCAUUCCUUCCCUAGAAGAGCAUGGCAGAAUGUAAUUCAACUCAACUCCUCUGCUUUAACUACUUCAUAUGUUAAACCAA